UGCUCUAAUCUGUCGAUCAUGGCCUUGAUUGCUCCAGCAGGCACUCCACCUCACCUCUCCCAUUACGACAGGGAUCUAUAUGAAGACCAGAUAGUUCCGACCCUUAGGAAGAGUUCGCUUUUCUAUUCUAAUGACGUGACGAAGGGCUUACUCUGAGAUUGCAACAGGGCUUGAGGAUGAGUCCCGUCGCCUGGACAGGCGGAUAUCCACCCAUUCUAUGCUUUCGGGUGAUCAGUCUCCUAUCAUCCCGACCCAUCAUAUGCUCCCAAUCAAUGACCGAGGUGAUUAUACAGCCUCUACCAGCAGUUCAGGCCUUAAGGGCAAUGGCUUCAACAGCCUGCCUGACAACUCCGUGAACGUUGCUCUGGUGCGGUCUUCCCAAGCUGCAUCGUCAUUUCCGUCGCCUCCAUCGACAGCAUUGCCCGUGCCCUUCCGUCGUGUGCGCACAUACUCUACCCCCCGUCCGUUCCAUACCAACACACAACAUAAGCAAGAAGCACCAGUACUGCAGGCAACUUCAUCUGAAUUCCGCCCCAAUCCCUCUGGCUCGAAACUCCCCUCACGCAUCCCAAAGCCAACACCCCGAGCACGUUCAUCCUCUCGACGAGAACCAAAUCCGUCUUCUUAUGGCAACCCACUUCCUCAUGACCCAUCAAGCCCGACGACUUACAAUGGAUCCGCCCCUCAUAACAUUCUUGGAACUAUUAGCAGUAAUCUCAAGACCAAUGGCUCGGCUUGUCACUCAGAUCCAGAAGACGACUCCUAUGAGGCGUCGCAACAAGAUGACAAGCCUCAUCAAUAUGAACACUGGUAUCGUGGAGAAGGACGUGAAGGAGGAGGAAGGAAUGGGGGUAGAGGCGAAAUCUUGGCCGGCACCAAAGAAAUGCUAGAGAUUGCAAUGGGGGGGCACCCCCCAGGGAGUUAUACACGACGCCGCAGCUGGAGAACUCGAUACGACCCACCCGUCAAUUCUCCUGACGCAGAAUCAUUCUGGAGCUCAAGCCGUCCUGGCUCGUCUGUUCAUAAGUGGGAAGACGAGUACAUGCUGGACGAACCUCCGUUGACCGAUUUAGAGGCUGACGACGGUGCAACAAUUAAUGAUUGUGAGCCGACAUUAGGAACCCAGAGCCCAACCCAACCCAAUCGCGCAGUCACACCGCCCAAAGUGACACCACCCGUUUCUGCGCCUCCUGCUUCUGCCGUGACUCUACGGUCGAAUUCUAACCUCCAGACUGAGAACGUGCCUCGAUCCAAUGCUGCUCUCACACAUAAAUCGGCAAACAUUCCGAGUGCUGUCGUUGCCAAGAAACGCCCCAGAAAGCAGUCCAUUUCUAGGCCUAAGAAUUUAAUGUCGCGAUCUCGCUCUGCUCAUGAGGUCCCAUCGCAUGACGGCCCGCUUGCCGAUGCCAUCCCCCCUCAGCCAGACACUCACAUUAUACCCCCAUCGGGCAAUUGGGACGAUGUGAUCCUUCCUACGGUUGCGAAGAAACUUAGGCUCGCACGAGGGCAGAACAGUGACGACUUUACAACAUUCAUAGCCACUCCAGGGAGCCAAGCAGAUGUUAUUCAAAAGUUGGCGGUAGUCACCCAUGAAGGAAUACACCCUGAGGCAGCAAAUCACAAUUCUCCACACCACGUGGGCAACGUAGAGCUAGCCGAACUGGGAAUGCGAGCCAGGAAUCGGCGCUCUGUCCAGCGGACCUCACUAGCACCACCCCCAACAUCACCACCAGACACUCGCACUUCGCUUCCCAAAUCUUUUCCUGGGUCGCCCAUGACAAUGAAUCCGCCGUUACCGUUACCCGAGUCUCAAGAGGGAAAACAAUUCAGGGAGCAUGAUGACAUUCACAGUAGCGGAUGCUGCAGAUGUGUUAUUAUGUAGUUUCCACAGCCUAUGUCCAUCAUGUCCACACCCAAUUACCCUGUCUUCAAUUGUCUUCCAUUUGAGGCCCCACAUAACCUAUAUCUCAUCGCUGCCUUUUCUUUCGUUUUUUGCUUGGUCGUCUGUAGUCAUCUGGUGUUCCAUAAACGCUUUUUCUCUUGAAUAUCCCAAUGCAUCUUCAUUUAGGAUCCUUGCG